AUGAUUGAUGAUCGACCUGACAUUUCAUUGCUAACUCAAUGGCUUGAAGAACUCAUUGACUGGAAACCAUUUGGUCAUUUUUUACCAGGAAUUACUUAUUCGGACAUAUUAAAGAUUGAAGCAGAUAAUACAACAAUUGAUGGCAAAAAGUUAGCAUUAUAUGCAAAAUGGUUGCACAUUGCUUCUAAAGCAACAUGGGCUGAUGUUAUUAAUGCACUGAGCAAAACAAGAGAAAAUAACUUUGCCCAAUACAUCAGAAAUAACUUGCAAAAAAGCGCACCAAGGUCAGCUAGCAGUUAUGUUGCUGUUACUACCAGACAAUCAUCACAAGCAGAAGUAAAGUUUUAUACAGCAGAAGAUGAAAAGGAGAUAUUGCUUACUCUAAUUAACCUCAAAAAAGAGUUUUCUAGUUUAAUUAUGCAUGCACGGUUAGGUCUUGAAAAGAAGAUUAAAAAUGAUUCUAAUAUAUUACAUGCUCUUAACAUAUGGUUGGAGACUUACAUGCAUUUGAAUGAUAAACUAACAAAUGCAUCAUUAGAUGAAACUUUCAAAAUUAUUCAUCCAUUUUAUGAUUUUAUUGAUUGCAGUCUGAUAGUGGACAUGAGUGAAAUUUUUCUACGAGAUUUCAAAUUUGGUGACAAUGAUUUAAGUAUUGUUAGCGAACUAAAAAAUUAUAUGGAAAAAGCUAACAAACUUCGAUGUUCAGCUCAAGUGAAGCAUCUUAAUGAGUCACUGAAAAAAUUGUAUGAAGAACAUAUACCAGAUCUAUCAAAUAUGCCAAUGAUUUUAGUGAAGCUUCAUAAUCCAUGGCAUGGUAGCAACAUCAAUGGACUCUCUCUACUGAUCCACAACUUACUUCCAGUUGGAUACCAGCAAAUCAUAAUGAAAUAUAUUACAAUAUCGUCUGGAUCUGUUAUCAUCAAAUAUUCUGGACAAGUUGAUCCUAAUGUUCCAAUGAAUGAUGGAGCAAAUGCUCUAAUGUUGGCUUGCCAAAAGGGACAUACUCGAAUAGUUGAACUGUUGCUGAAUAAACAAGUUGGCCCUAAACAAGUUGACCCUAAUGUUCAGAAUAGAAAAGGUCAUACUGCUUUACUUUUUGCCAGUACCCAAGGACAUUAUGAAAUAGUUAAGUUAUUAUUAGAAUCGAAAGCUGAUCCAAAUAUUAAAUCUAUUAAAGGAAAAACUGCAUUAUUAGUAGCCAAGACUGAUAAAAUAAAGGAAUUACUUCAUAAUUACAGUGCAUCUGAAACAGCAUCUAGUGGAUAUCAGACAUUAGACACUUUAUAG